UUUUUCUUUCUUUCUAUCUUUCUAUAUAUUACAUGAUCAAUAUAUGAAUUCUAUCGGACUACCCUCUAUAUUUCUAUCUUAAAGUGUCAAAUAAAUUUUGGGGUACCCAAUAUUUUUCAAUAAUUUAUUUAUUUAGAUAGAAAAAAUGAAGGUGAUUAUGAAACUAAAAACGACUCCAAAUACCCGUUUGGUCCUGGUUCUCCAUAAGUGCAAGACACAAUUACAUAUUAUACGUAUGAAGUAGCAGAGCAAUGAUAGCAUAUGAAGAUGGCAUUAGAGCUAAAGAAAUGGUGUUUAGUAGAAGGAUUGAAAUCAUUGAAGGAUGUCAAGCUCGCCCACUGUCGCCUCCUCCGCCUCAACCUCCAACAAGACAACUACCUUCCAAACAUCAUCCUCCGAUCUUCCUUAACCUUAUCAAACACCCAGUACUCAAACCUCGUUUUCCACAAAACACCAACAUACCCAAACACCUUUCUCUACAACACCAUGAUUCGUGGCAUGGUCUCCAACGACCGUUUCCAUGACGCCGUUCAACUUUAUUCCUCAAUGCACAAAGCUUCUCUUAUCCCAGAUAACUUCACUUUCCCUUUCGUCCUCAAAGCGUGUGCUAGACUCAACCUUUUUCAAUUGGGUAUCGCAAUUCAUUCACUUGUCAUUAAAACUGGUUUUGAUUAUGAUGUUUUCGUGAAAACGAAUAUUGUUUGUUUUUACUCUAAGUGCGGGUUUUUAACUGAUGCACGGAAGGUGUUUGAUGAUAUUCGUGAUAAAAAUGUUGUGUCUUGGACUGCUAUUAUUGGUGGUGAGUUGUUUAGAGGGUUGUUGGAGAUGGGUUUGAGACCUGAUGGUUUUGUUAUUGUUCGUGUUUUGCGUGCUUGUGCGAGGUUAGGGGAUUUGGAGAGUGGAAGGUGGAUAGAUUGGUGUAUGAGUGAGUGUGGUUUGCAUAGGAAUGUUUUUGUGGCUACCUCUUUGGUGGAUAUGUAUGCCAAGUGUGGAAGUAUGGAGGAAGCGCGUUGUGUGUUUGAUGGAAUGGUUGAGAAGGAUGUUGUUUGUUGGAGUGCCAUGAUUCAUGGCUAUGCGUCCAAUGGGCUACCUAGAGAGGCACUUGAGUUGUUCUUUGAAAUGAGGAAGGUAAAUGUAAGGCCCGAUUGUUAUGCCAUGGUGGGCUUUCUCUCUGCUUGUGCGAGGUUGGGAGCGCUGGAGAUGGGAAUUUGGGCUAAGGGUUUGAUGGAUGAUGAGGAGUUUUUGUCUAAUCCUGUGUUGGGUACUUCCUUGAUUGACUUGUAUGCAAAAUGUGGAAGCGUUGAGGAGGCUUUGGGGGUUUACAAAAUGAUGAAGGAGAAAGAUCGUGUUGUAUUCAAUGCUGUUAUUUCUGGACUCGCUAUGUAUGGACAUGUUGGGACUGCAUUUGGAGUGUUUGGUCAAAUGGGAAAGUGUGGAAUCUGGCCCGAUGAGAAUACUUUUGUUGGUUUGCUCUGUGGAUGUACUCAUGCUGGUCUGGUUGAUGAUGGUCGACGCUAUUUUAAUAGCAUGAGUUGUGCGUUUUCUGUGACUCCUACUAUUGAGCAUUAUGGAUGUAUGGUGGAUCUCCUAGCCCGUGCAGGUUUGUUGGUUGAAGCGCAAAAUUUGAUCAAGGGUAUGCCAAUGAAGGCUAAUGCAAUUGUUUGGGGGGCAUUGUUGGGAGGAUGUAGGUUGCAUCGUGAAACCCAGUUGGCCGAACAUGUGCUGAAGCAGCUCAUCGAGUUAGAACCAUGGAAUUCGGGACAUUAUGUUCUCUUAUCAAAUAUAUAUUCAGCAAAUAGUAGAUGGGACGAGGCAGAAAAAAUUAGGUCAACAUUGAAUGAGAAAGGGAUGCAAAAGUUACCUGGGUAUAGUUGGGUUGAAGUUGACGGGGUCGUUCACGAAUUCCUUGUGGGAGACACUUCUCAUCCCUUAUCACAAAAGAUAUAUGAAAAGCUUGAAAGUUUAUUUAAGGACUUGAAAGAAGCUGGUUAUAAUCCGACCACUGAGUUUGUGCUCUUUGAUGUAGAGGAGGAGGAGAAAGAAUACUUCCUUGGCUGUCAUAGUGAGAAGUUAGCUGUUGCAUUUGCACUGAUCAGUACUGGUGCCAAAGAUGUGAUCCGUGUUGUUAAAAAUCUUCGUGUAUGUGGUGAUUGUCAUGAGGCAAUGAAACUCAUUUCAAAAGUUACUGGGAGAGAGAUAGUCAUUAGGGAUAAUAACAGAUUCCAUUGUUUCAGUGAUGGUGCAUGUUCUUGUCGGGAUUAUUGGUAAAAUUUAGAUGUAUUUUGGGUUCUAAAGUCCAAGUUCAUCGUUUGCCUCUCUUCUAAAGUCCAAGUUCAUCGUUUGCCUCUCUUCUAAAGUCGGAUGGAAAAAUGGCCAAGUCCACUUUUUUAAUGCAUUUGCAUGCCUAACUUCAUAAUUCCUCCCAUCCCUCAAUUUGAAGCAGCAGUAUGGGUCCAAAAUGAACUCAAGAGUCACUGCUGUCUUUUAUUUAGACUGCAAAUUCUUUUCUCCAGGUCUGUAACGAUUGCAGGCGAGCAUUUGAAUUACUGAGUUGCUGACUAUUUCUUUAUUCAGUAUGAAGUAUGAACCUAAUUAGGUUGAAUGCGCGGAAAAACUUUGCACGACACUUAUAUUCGGGUGGAGAGCUUAAGCAUAGUUUUUGAGAUAAACUAUAUAUGCAACUUAGACCAGUCAGCCCUUUGAAGUCUAGCAAGAACGGCACGCAUUUUGUAGCAAGUGACUGGGAUGUCUUACUGCAUUUACAUAAAUGAUAAUCUACCAGUGAAGGAAAAACAUUAAACUUUUAGCUGAAAAUUUGAGCUAUGAAUUCUCUCUACAUGAAGAUGCAGCAAGUUUCUGUUCACCUCUUGUAUUGUGUGUUGUAUAGUCAGUAAUUCUUACUAGUACCCUGCUCAAAAGUUCUUAAUGGAUAAUACAAAAAUGUGAAAUGUUUUACAAGGCUAGGAUAUUGUGUGGAUAUUUUGAGUUUUGCUAAGCUCUACUUCAUGGCAUUUGCGGAUGAAUUAGCUCGAGCAACAAAAACUUCUGGCAAAGGACAUUUAAAAAUGCUAUGUUCAGGCUACAUAGCAUUGUGAAACAGGUUGUUGCUGAAAUGACAGCUAUUGGGUUUGGUCUUCCUAGGAAUGCAUUCACGUCUCUUAUGAAGCUCGCGAGCGCAUCCGUUACUCAUGGAAAGGCAAAAUAUAAGUAAAACUUAAAGAUUAGUUGAUUACAGAACCUGUGUCUUAUGAAGAAUGAUCACGAUUCACUUCAAGAUAGAUUAAUUAAAAUAAAAAAAGAUGUUGGACACCAUUCACAUAUCACAAUCUCAUUGUAUCAUCAAUUUCCUUUUAGAUUUAUUUUCAUUAGUUGUACGAUACUAGUUUCCAUUAUAGAAAGUUGAGAUUGUUUUAAGAAGCAUUUAAUAUUUGGAUUCUAGAAAGCCAAUAGUACUUCCUUUCAUUUUAUUAGUUGAAUGCUUGUUUGGACAACACUGAUGAUACAAGGAUAUAAUAACACCAAAGAUAGGAUGUAAGAAUUUUCUUUUU